AUGCGGCUUCCCUUCAGAUCCACCGUAGAUGUCCCGGAUUCAGAGAUCAGCCAAGUAGAGCCUGCUGAAAGCGCAAGCUCUACGGAGGAAAAGAGUCAUAAGGCGGUUGAUGUGUCUCAAGCUACUGCCGAUCUUGAGAAGGUGCAGCAAGCCCAUCAGUUCGAUCCGAAUCUACCUCAAGAUAAAGUCGAUUUCCUUAACAAGGCACUUCGAGAUGGCGAUGCUGAAGAAAUUGCCGAGGCAGACGAGAUCUUUACAGAAGACUCCCCUUACGAAGAGGUUCGCGCCGCCGUGAGAAACACCGACGGUGAGGAGGUUGCCAAUACCGUGCGCGCUUGGGUCCUAGGCAUGAUCUUUGUUACUAUCGGUAGUGGUUUGAACAUGUUUCUAAGCAUGAGGUAUGAUGCGCCAGAUCAUAUCGAGCUAUUCUCUUGA